UUGGCUCAAGAGACUGCUAAGUCCUGAGAGCAACCCGGUUUCAUAGAGCUGGAGAGCUGAACAAUGGCAAAGGAUGGCUAUGAGAAGCCAGCAGCAACUGGCCUUGCUGCCGGAUUGAACAAGGGUUUCAUUGUGACCCGAAGGCCAUUGAAGACUAAGCCUUCCUACCGCAAGGGCAAGCGGGGAGGCAAAGUGGGCCUGAUUCGUGAGGUAGUCCGUGAGGUUGUGGGCUUUGCGCCAUAUGAGAGGCGAAUGAUUGAGCUGCUCAAGAUUGGCUCCGCCGCCACUUUCAAGCGUGCCCUGAAGUUAGCCAAGAAAAGGCUUGGAACUCACCGCCGUGGAAAGAAGAAGCGCGACGAAAUGACUGAGGCUGUGGCGGCCAUGCGCCGCAAGGGCCAUUAGCUGCAUUAGCUUCGGACUAGUUCAGCCGGCUUGCAAUCAGGCGUCAAAAUUGUAAUGCUCAUGGCAAUCUUGCACGAGCAUGCCCAAGCCAGAAGUUGCGACUGAUUCAAUCAAUUUUUGCUGGCCUGGGUCCUUAAAUGCAAGGCUUGAACAACUCGAGUCAAACAUGUUAGGUUUGGCGGCCGCGCAGCCAAUACAUU